AUGAGCGGCAGAUUUUCACAUCCGCUCACAGAAUACCCAAUGUCAAUGUAUGUGACCGAGUCGUUUUCCGGCACAGAUGCUCCUGAUCCUCAUGCUCCAGCCUCGAUCGGUAUGGAUGGAAGAACAGCAACUAAAAAACCCACCACGCUUAAAGGUACUUAUCCCUUAUCUGGCUGGAAUGCUGCUCGUUCGACGAGCGCUGCGCGAACCAAUACUUAUCCGUUUAUUGGAAAAGAUCAACGCGAUUGGAAUAAUGCCUCUAUGUAUGCCACACAGGGAAAUUCCGUCGCCCGUCAUGGCUCCGAGUUUCCUGUUGGAAUGGACAUGUUAGGUGCUACCCAUGACGCUAGGACAUCGGCAGGAGCAUCGAAUUGGGAAUGGAGUGCUGCUCCCAUGGUACCCCGCAUGCCUUUUCCUUCCGAAGUAGUGGACGAGAGUCGGUAUUCAUCUGUACCUUCUACGAUGCAUUUAGGCUGGGCACCCAAUGUAAAGCCAAUGCCGGGAGUAUCGCACGGACUCGAUACGCUGCCAAUGCGGUCAAUACCUGCGCCCUAUUCGUCAUCGUAUGGCUUACAUGGACGUAAAGAUACCUUUGCUAAUGAGCGACCAACUCAGGAGAUCACGACCCUGUUCCUUGCUGGUUUCCCUGACGAUAUCACCGAACGCGAGUUUGCCAAUAUGUUUCUUUUUGCGAAAGGAUUUGAGGCGUCGAUGCUCAAACAUCCUACUACCAAUGGUGCCCAAAAACCUGAGGAGUCGGCUGAUUCUCGUCGUGCUAAUGAGAAGCUGCGUACAGCAGGCUCAGAGAAAGAAAUGCGUGAAUCCGAAUCGCAGACCUCAAGGAACAAACAAAUUAUUGGCUUUGCCAAAUUUUCUACACGUGAAGAAGCAUUACAGGCCCGUGAUGUGCUUAAUGGUUUUCGUAUCGAUUCUGACCGUGGCUGUAUACUAAAGGCAGAACUUGCUAAGAAAAAUCUUCAUACCAAACGCAGUGUUCCUUUUGUGGUAAGCAAACACACUCAUCCUGUGCUAUCCACUCGAGCCAUGUCUAUGUAUGAUAUGCAAAAUGUGUCACAGGAUGGGCCCAUGUCUGCUCCCGCGAUGCUCAACUCUGUGCGUGGAAUGAGCGUACCUAGGCCUUUGCAAUCUUUGGAUGUGUACAUGAACGAUCCUCGGACAACAUGGAAUGAGUCUUUGGGCUCCCCACAAAGAGCUGCUUAUGGAACACCAGAGAUCAGUCCUAACAAUGCGCUGGGUGAUGUGACUCGCGUUAACUCACCAAUUAACGACAUGGUGGUACGCCUUGAGUCUUUCUCCAGAAAUAUUCCGACCUAUGCAGGCUCAAAUCCAUCAGCAGAGGACAGACGGUCUGACAGUCCCAGUGCUCCUUGUUCGAGUCUUGGCAAUGCUGAUGUCGGAUUCCAAGGCGCUGAUGUGAUGUCUAGCUCAUUGGAGUUACCACCUCGGCUUCAAACGCGUGUAUCAGAUGAUGCCAUAUCCAGAGCCGAACAACAAUUUCAGCAUCUUUCCAUGAGCCGAAGCACGUGCUCCCCCCUCCUAAAUGCAUCGCAAGGGGUGUAUGAACCGCACGCCUCUGCGUCAAAUUCAACCCCUCCAGUGUCUCUCGCAACUGACCCCCUGCCUUCGGAGGCUUCGUUCUAA